AUGAACGGGAAUGAUGUUGACACAUGCAUUGUAUCGGAAACAGAUCUCAAAGCAAACAUUCCGGACAGUUUGGUUUGUAUACCUAAUUAUAACAUUUUUAGACGGGACAGAGAUUAUUCUGGCAGGGACUUGAGAGCCAAGGGGGGAAUUGCUAUAUAUGUGAGAGAGAACCUGGAUGUUGUGGAUAUCUACAAGUCGGAACUUUAUGAGUUAAUAUGUUUAACUUUGAGAUUGCCUUCAGGGCAUAUGCUCCUUGUGUGCUGUGUCUACCAUCCACCGAGACCAAGAUACCCAUCCAAUGGAUUGAUGCAAUACUUAAUUAACAUAGUAGACAAUGCCCUUGAAAAACAACCUGGCAUGGCUAUUGUUAUUGGAGGAGAUGUUAAUCAAUUAAAAAUAAGUGAGCUGUGUCUAAUGACUGGAUGGGAAGCCCUUGUAGAUUUCGUAACUAGAGGUGAAGCAAUUUUAGACAAUGUGCUUACAAAUCGAUCGGAUCUGUUUGGUAAAUGCGUCCCGUAUAACAUCUCAAUAAAAACUGAUCAUACGGCUGUCAUUCUCGCCGCAGGAGUUAAACUGAAACCGGUUCGGAAACGUGUCCGUAUUUGGGACUGCAGAAAACAUCGAAAAAACGAUUUUUAUCGAGCGCUGGCUGAAGAAAAUUGGGAUAAUAUCUUAAAUGCACCUAUGUUCAUUUGGCAGUGA